UGGAAUGAGCUUCAUACGGACAUGGACUUGGAAAGCAACCUUCCUCUACAUCGGCAGCUUCUUCUAGAUCUUCCCCUGUCCAUUAAGUAAUAUUCUGCGGUGGGGCUUCAAAGUCCACUCACCUAUCACACUGUCCCCCCAUGCUGAUGACUUUUGUUGUACUUUUUACCUUGUCAUUCGAGCUAAAGCCAGCUCAUCACCACCUCCGACUCCGCGUCCCCCUCCCCCCCCUUCUCUCUCUCUCUCUCUCCAUUUCUAGAGCUCAUCUCCCGUAUCAAAUACAGAGGGAGGGAGGCAUUGGAAGCAGAAGAAGAGAGAUACCCACAACUCAAAAUGGGAUUUUUCAGCUCGCCCUCCUCGAGAUUUUUCUCCGAUUCCUUGAACCAAGCCGUCCUGGUCGCGUUCUUGAUCUCCUGCACCUUCUUCGCAUCCUCAGAAGCGUACGAUGCUCUUGAUCCAAAUGGGAACAUCACGAUUAGAUGGGACAUUAUGAGCUGGACUCCUGAUGGCUAUGUUGCUACUGUCACGAUUUUUAACUUCCAGAAAUACCGCCACAUACAGGCACCAGGGUGGUCUCUAGGGUGGACAUGGGCGAAGAAGGAGGUUAUAUGGAGCAUGCUGGGCGGACAGACGACGGAGCAAGGCGACUGCUCCCGUUUCAAAGGAAACACCCCGCAUUGCUGUAAGAAGACCCCAACAGUCGUGGAUUUGCUCCCGGGAACCCCAUACAAUCAACAAAUCGCAAAUUGCUGCAAAGGUGGGGUCAUAAGUUCAUUUGUGCAGGAUCCCACUAAUGCAGCAGCCGCAUUCCAGUUGAGUGUUGGGGCGGCGGGGACCAGCAAUAAAACUGUCAGGCUGCCCAAGAACUUCACCCUAAAGGCACCGGGUCCUGGAUACACCUGUGGGCCUGCAAAGAUCGUCAGGCCUACUAAGUUCACCACCCAAGAUAAGAGGAGGACUACACAAGCCCUGAUGACAUGGAAUGUUACGUGCACAUACUCGCAAUUCCUGGCUCAGAGGACUCCAUCUUGUUGUGUCUCGCUUUCGUCCUUUUACAACGACACGAUAGUGUCCUGCCCAACAUGUGCUUGUGGAUGCCAAAAUAAUGCCACUCAACCUGGGGGCUGUGUAGACCCAAAUUCGCCACACUUAGCUUCAGUUGUCUCAGGAUCUGGAAGAAACAACAUUAAUCCUCUGGUCCAGUGCACUAGUCACAUGUGCCCGGUCCGAGUGCACUGGCACGUUAAGGUUAAUUAUAAGGAGUACUGGCGGGUUAAGGUCACAAUCACGAACUUCAAUUACAACAUGAACUACAGUCAGUGGAACCUAGUCAUACAGCACCCCAACUUUGACAAUCUGACGCAGAGCUUCAGCUUCAACUACAAUUUCUUAACUCCUUAUGCAUCUAUAAAUGACACCGCCAUGAUGUGGGGAUUAAAGUUCUAUAAUGACCUGCUCAUGCAGGCAGGUCCCUCUGGAAAUGUGCAGUCGGAGCUUCUUUUCCGAAAGGAUGCGUCCACUUUCACAUUCGAGAAAGGCUGGGCAUUCCCAAGACGAAUUUACUUCAAUGGGGACAACUGCGUAAUGCCUCCUCCCGAUGCCUACCCGUGGCUUCCCAAUGGUGGGUUCCAACAGGGCUUAUCGAGAGCGAGCCUCGUUGUGAGUCUCUUGUUGCCUUUGGUACUCUUAUAUCGGCAAUAUUAAAGGAACUAUCUUCCAAUGGGGGCUAAUGUUGAGAUUUUGACCGGAUGAGGUUGAGCCCAGGAGAAUUCAUGGCACUAAAUGAAACAUUAUUUGUUUGUGCAAUGGCUUUUCGAGCAACCCAAUUGGCUUUGCUUCUUGUUGAUAUCUUGUGGGUUACUUCUCGGCUGUUCUGUAACAUAUCAAUGUAACUAGACGGUACUUAUACUUUAUUAACAUAUACACAAUUGGAACUUU